AUGGCGACUCCCAAACCCAACUUGGAAUUAGCAAUCCUAAUCAUCGGCGCUGGUACAUGGGGAUGCUCAACAGCCCUUCACUUAGCCCGCCGGGGAUACACCAAUGUCAAGGUGCUAGAUCCAUAUCCAGUCCCGUCGCCUAUUGCUGCGGGGAAUGAUAUCAAUAAGAUCAUGGAGCACAAGGAAUUGAAACCAUCAAAUCACGAUGCUCAAAGCAUCGCUUUUGCUACAUGCACUAGAGCCGCAUUGAAAGGCUGGACCACCGAUGCAAUUUUCCAGCCCUACUUCCAUGAAACUGGCUUCGUAGUCGCAGGACAUACUCCUGAGCUUAUAGAACAUAUCAAAACGGACGAAAUUGACCACUACGAAGGCGAUUUUGAAGCUUUGGAAACAUCCGAGGAUUUCCGUCAAACAAUGCCACCGGGUGUCUUGACCGGUGAUUUUCCAGGCUGGAAAGGCUGGAUCAGCCGAUCCGGGGCUGGAUGGAUUCACGCUCGCAAGGCCAUGGUUUCUGCUUACAAAGAAGCGCAGCGCCUCGGUGUGGUCUUUGUGACAGGUUCGUCGCAGGGAAAUGUUGAAAGCUUGGUGUAUAGAGAUGGCGACGUUGUUGGUGCUCGGACCGAAGACGGCCUAACUCAUUAUGCCCAUCAUACCAUUCUCGCUGCAGGUGCUGGCAGUGAUCGCUUGCUGGAUUUUAAAAAGCAGUUGCGUCCAACUGCCUGGACGUUGAGCCAUAUCCAGUUGACUCCCGAGGAGGCCCAAAUGUAUCGAAAUCUCCCCGUUUUGUUCAAUAUCGCGAAAGGCUUCUUUAUGGAGCCGGACGAGGAGAAGAACGAGCUUAAGAUCUGCGAUGAGCAUCCGGGAUACUGCAAUUUCAUUGCAGAUCCUGCUCAUCAGUGCGAGAAGAGAAGUGUUCCAUUUGCCAAGAAACAAAUUCCCCUCGAGGCCGAAAAACGAGCCCGAGAUUUCUUGCGCGACACUAUGCCGCAUCUCGCUGAUCGACCUUUCUCGUUUGCUCGUAUCUGCUGGGAUGCAGAUACGGUGGAUCGCGCGUUCCUAAUUGACCGACACCCCGAACAUGCUUCUCUAGUUGUUGCCGUUGGGGGAUCAGGUAACGGGGCUAUGCAAAUGCCUGCGAUCGGCGCGUUUAUCGCAGAUACACUGGAGGGAAGGUUACAGAAAGAGCUGAAGGAGGUCGUCAGAUGGCGACCUGAGAUUGCAGUCGACCGAGACUGGUGGUCUACGCAGAAUCGGUUUGGGGGACCUAACAUAUUGAUGGAUUUUCAAGAUGUGAAGGAUAAUGAAUGGACUCAUAUUGCAUAG